UUAUUAUUAUAUAUUAUAAUAAUAAUGUCUUAUAAACUUCAUAGUAAAAAUUCAUUACCCAAUAUACGUACUAAAAAAUCUAUCGUUAAUAUUAAACCUAUUAUAACAACUAAUAGUACUAAUAGUAGUAAAUCGUUACCAGCAGAAUGUUUACAACAUAUAUUCGCACAUUUAUCUUAUUCUAAAUCAUCUUUACAUUCAUGUUUGUUGGUUAAUAGAUUAUGGUGUGUUAACGUGGUAAAAGUUUUAUGGUCUCAACCAUUUCAUUUAUUAAAUAUUUGUCCUUCUUCUACUUCUCCUUUCGGUGUUCAAGGUCAAUGUAAUAGAACUACAAAAGAUACUUAUAUUCAAUGUGCCGCUUUAAUAAAUGUUUACCUUUCUUUCCUUGACCGUGAUGAAAAAUCUAAUUUAUUAAAUAAUAGAAUCAAAUUAAAUUCUUCUAAAAUUAAGGAUAAGGAUAAUUCUAAUCAAUACUUUUUGGAAAAUCCUACUUUUAAUUAUAUCGAAUUUUUAAGAUAUUUGGAUUUGGAAGAAUUAUUCAUUACAGUUGGAGCUUGGAAACAAUUUACAA